AUGCCCUCCUGGGCCCUCUUGGUGGCCACCUUCUGCCUCCUCCUGGCUCCCCCAAACCUGGCACAAGUCACCAGCCAAGAUGCUUCCUUGCCGGCCUUGGAUUCAGAGCCUCUGACGUGUUUUUCUCAAACAUUUGAGGACCUCACUUGCUUCUGGGAUGAGGAAGAGGCAGCACCCAGUGGAACAUACCAGCUGCUGUAUGCCUACCCAGGGGAGGAGCCCCGUGCCUGCCCCCUGAGUUCCCAGAGUGUGUCUCCCUCUGGAACUCGAUAUGUGUGCCAGUUUCCAGCCCAGGAUGAAGUUCGUCUCUUCUUCCCACUGCACCUCUGGGUGAAGAACAUGUUCUUGAACCAGAAUCUGACCCAGCGGGUGCUCUUUGUGGAUAGUGUGGGCCUACCAGCUCCCCCCAAUAUCAUCAAGGCCAUGGGUUGGAGCCAACCAGGGGAACUUCAGAUCAGCUGGAAGGUCCCAACUUCUGGAUUCAGUGAUUUCCUGAGGCAUGAACUCCGCUAUGGCCCCAAGGAUCCCAGAAACUCCACUGGUCCCACAGUCAUGCAGUUGCUAUCCACAGAAACCUGCUGCCCAGCUCCGUGGAGGCCAAACCCAGCCCCAGCUCUGGACCAGGCUCCAUGUGCACAGCCCCAACAGAAUGGAGCAGAGCAGACCUCCCCAACUAGAGAAGCUCCGUCUCUGACAGGGAUGAGUGGAAGCUGCCUCAUCUCAGGGCUCCAGCCUGGAAAUUCCUACUGGCUCCAGCUGCGCAGCCAGCCUGAUGGGGUCUCCUUCCGUGGCUCUUGGGGACCCUGGUCCCACCCUACAACUGUGGACCUGCCUGGAGAUGCAGUGGAAAUUGGACUACAAUGUUUUACCCUGGACUUGAAGAAUGUUACCUGUCAGUGGCAGCAACAGGACCAUGCUAGCUCCCAAGGCUUCUUCUAUCACAGCAGGCCGCGGUGCUGUCCCAGAGACAGAGACCCCAUCUGGGAGAAGUGUGAAGAGGAGGAGAAAAAUCCAGGAGUACAGCCCUCCCAGGUCUCCCACUGCCACUUCAAGUCAAGAAAUGACAGUAUUAUCCACAUCCGUGUGGAGGUGACCACAGCCCAGGGUGCUUUUCACAGCUACCUGGGCUCCCCUUUCUGGAUCCACCAGGCUGUGCGCAUCUCCACUCCAAACUUGCACUGGAGGGAGGUCUCCAGCGGGCAGCUGGAAUUGAAGUGGCAGCACCCAUCAUCCUGGGCAGCCCAAGAGAUCUGCUAUCAGCUCCGAUACACGGGAGAAGGCCAUCAGGACUGGAAGGUGCUGGAGCCGCCCCUGGGGGCCCAGGGAGAGACCUUGGAGCUGCGCCCGCGCUCCAGCUACCGGUUACAGCUGCGCGCCAGGCUCCACGGCCCCACCUACCGAGGCCCCUGGAGCGCCUGGUCCGCCCCGGCGAGGGUGGAGACCGCCUCGGAGACGGCCUGGAUUUCUCUGGUGACCGCUCUGCUCCUGGUGCUGGGCCUCAGCGCUCUCCUGGGCCUGCUGCUGCUGAGAUGGCAGUUUCCUGCGCACUACAGGAGCCUGAGGCAUGCCCUGUGGCCCUCACUUCCAGACCUGCACCGGGUCCUAGGCCAGUACCUUAGGGACACUGCAGCCCUGAGUCCGCCCAAGGCUGCAGUCUCAGAUGUCUACGAAGAAGUGGAACCCAGCCUCCUUGAGAUUCUACCUAAGUCCUCAGAGAAGACUUCCCUGCCCCUGUGUCCCUCCCAGACCCAGAAGGACUACCGAGGACUGCAGCCCUCUUGCCUGGGGACCAUGCCCCUCUGCAUUUCCAGUGUGCACCUGCCCUCGGCUGAGUCGGGAUCCUACUGCACCACUCACAUUGCCAACCAUUCCUAUUUACCACUGACCUGUUGGCAGGCUCCUCGCUCCCAGUACCCUGGACAGAUCCAAACCCUCUAG